AUGGUUGGCAAGGACUGCGUGGCCAUUGCCUGCGACCUGCGCCUGGGUCUGCAAGCCCUGACCGUGUCCAACAACUUCCCCAAGAUCUUCCAGUACGGCGACGUAUUCCUCGGCCUCACGGGCCUGGCGACCGAUGUGUCAACCGUCUCGGACCUGUUCCGCUACAAGGUCAACAUGUACCGCCUGCGCGAGGAGCGCAACAUUGCGCCGACCACCUUUGCCAACCUCGUCUCCUCGAGUCUCUACGAGCGCCGCUUCGGUCCCUACUUUGUCUCCCCCGUCGUCGCUGGUCUCGAGCCCAAGACGGGCAAGCCCUUCAUUUGUGGCUUCGACUCCAUUGGCUGCAUCGACUUUGCCAAGGACUUUAUCGUGAGCGGCACCGCUACUGACCAGCUCUUUGGUAUGUGCGAGGGUCUCUGGGAGCCUAACCUGGAACCUGAGGAUCUGUUUGAAACCAUCUCGCAAGCUUUACUCAACGCCGUCGACAGAGAUGCACUUUCAGGCUGGGGAGCACACGUUUACAUUAUUGAGAAGGACAAGGUCACCAAGAGAUUACUAAAGGGUCGUCAAGAUUAA